AUGUAUGUCAACAAACAGGGAAGAUGGUCACUCUUCCUCUGCACAUCCAUGAGUGAUCAGUUUUGCCAUGCUUCAAGCUGUCAGCUGGUAUAUUCUUGGCUAGAGGAAUGUCCUGGCAGACCAACUCAGUCUAAAGGGGCAUCAGAGCUCAUCUUGAUUGAUUACAAGGGAAAUGUCCGGAGUUAUUUUGUCUCACCAACUGAGGGAUAUCAAGAAAGUCAUGUUUUCUCCUUCAGUAAAGUGUAUCCUUCUGGAGUUACAGCUGCUGCUAAAUAUGGGAAUCUGAUUAUGGUUGCUGGUUCAUGUAAUUACAUGAAUGAUACUAAUUUGAAAAGCAGUGGUCUUGGACAUGGCAUUACUAUUUGGCGUAUGAUCAAUGACUAUCCAUUUUACAAGCAGGUGCCUACAAUUGAUGAAGAUGAGUAUCUUCCUCCUAGUGUUGGAUUAAUGAAAAAUAUGCUAGGUUGGCAGCAGUUACCUCAUCAUGACUGUAUCUUUCACUUGUGCGUGUCCCCUAAUGGCCGACAGAUAGCAGCACUUCAUAUGUCUGGGAGUUUGUCAGUUUGGGAACUACCAUCAUUGCGUAAAAAGAAGUUUUGGCUUCUGUCAAGUCAGCCAGAUCAUGAUGCUGUUAAUCCUGCUACUAAUGAGUAUAUCCCUGGCCAAAAACAACGACUUCUUCAGUACUCAGGUCCUUUAAGAAAUCACCCAGCAGACCUUAGUUGGUGGUCAGAUGCAGCUGUGAUAUUAGCUAGAUAUUCUGGUGCUGUUACCGUCAGUUCUAUUAAUUCUCUAAGAAACUUACUUGGAGAGUCUCCAGAGUUUUUAGAAGGCGUUCCACAGAUAAGUGAAUCAUAUGAUAGGGGGUUUCUUGGUCUGGAGGUUGAAAGUAGAGUAAAUACAAAAAGACAUUUAACUGCUGAAGGUCCAGAUGAAGAAGAAGACUAUCUCGAUUCCGAUGAUGAAGAGGAACUUUCUUUUGUGCAAAGAUCUCGUCGUCUUGCUAAAAGUGCCCUCUACUGGGUUACAGAUGCUGAGAGAUUUAGGCCUCCAAACAAGAGGCCCAAAAUUGUACAGAGAACUUUUCGUCUUCUGUGUUUAAAGAGCACAACUCCUGAAGAAUUAUUUGCCCGUAAAAUUGAAAAUGAAGAAUAUGGGGAAGCUUUAGCUUUGGCUCGUAGUUAUAACCUUGACUGUGACCAAGUUUACCAACAACAGUGGCGAAGAUCAUCUGUCACUGUAGCUUCCAUACAAGAUUACUUGGCCAAAGUUCAUAAAAGGUCUUGGGUGCUGGAUGAGUGCAUUAAUAGGGUGCCUGAAAACAUUGAUGCUGCUCGGGAAUUGCUCCUGUACGGCCUUCGUGGGACUGACCUUGAGGCAAUCAUUGCAAUUGGAAAUAGUGAAGACAAAGGAGAGUUCAUCUUCUGUGACUCGGACUUGGUAUAUGACGAUGGAUUGGAUUUAGAUCCCAGUGAAUAUGAGGUCAGGGCCCAGGAAAGAGAAGCAAAGGAGCUCAAAAGACGACAUGAACUAUUGACACAGAUUGACUUCAAAAAUCUAAACUGCGAACAGAAGAAAGUUAUACGUGCCAGACAGAAGCUCCUUAUGUAUUUGGAUCGUUUAGCAACAUAUGAGGUUCUUCUUGGGGGCGCUCAUGUUGCACCAGAGCACUAUGAUGCAACUUUCUUUGAUAAGUUUCGAAGUCAAUCUGCUGUUUCUGCAGCUGUAGAAUUUGCCCGUGGUUAUGACUGGCGUGGGGUAGAUGCCAUGUUUACAUAUCAUGGGAAUGAAACUCUUCCUCACCAGUUAGCCAUUUUAUCAAACUUCCCACCCACUAUGGGCCCAUUCGAGUAUAGGUCUUUGCUGCCGGAGUGUGAAGGUAGUGAAGUCUUUUGCUGGGAGCAGGAACAGCUACGUGAUGAUGAUUGGUGUGAAGAACCAGAAUGCAGGGAAGCAGUAGAACAAGAUACAGAUGAUCCUGCAGAGUUCUUGUAUCUAGAAAAUCCAGAGUUAAGAAAGUUUCAAGGUUUGAAUGUCACUGCUGAGACAAUUAGCUUAUGGUACCAGGAACGAGCACGGGAAAUUGAGAAAUGUAGUCAUUUGUUGAUGCUGCAUUAGAUUUGCUCAAGCUUGGUCGGGAAAGAAAUGUUGAGAAUCUUGAGGAACUUCAUGAUACUCUAGAUACCUUGGAAGUUUUGGUUUAUGAAGCGGGCCUUUACUCCAUGACUCUAGAUACCUUCACCAACUUAGAUGAUUCUGAGAAGAUUGUGCAGCUGAUGUCAACA